AUGUCCCACUAUAACUUCAUCAUAGAACGCUCGACUAUAGUCUCCGACUUCUCGUCCCAAGUCAAAGGCCGAAUCUUUCUCAUCACCGGCCCCAGCACAGGCAGCGUCGGUGCCGAAAUAGCUCUCACCCUCUCGCGCGGAUACCCCUCUACCACCCUCCUCCUCGGGCGUUCCCUCCCCAAGAUCCAACCCGUCAUCGAAACCAUCGACACCAUUUCCCCCUCCACCGUCGUCAAAUUCGUCCCCCUACUCCUCACCUCUCUAGCCAGCAUUGCGCUGCCGCUUAAAACAAUCCUCAACGACACGUUCAUCCCACACAUCGACAUCCUAAUAUAUAAUGCCGGAAUUAUGGCUUGCCCCUAUGAAAGGUCGGAAGAUGGGUUGGAAUCUCAAUGGCAGAUGAAUUCCUUGUCUUAUUUCCUACUCACUAACCUCCUUCUCCCCAGACGCACGAAUAAUAAACGCCUCAAGCCACACGCACAAUCGAAAACGACAAAUAUCAUCUUCUCCGUUGAACUUAACAGGAGGUUAGCAAAGAGAGGAGUAGAGGGUUUUGCGCUGCAUCCAGGCGCUAUUGACACUGGUCUUGCGAGACACUUUGCCCUUGAGAUGCUAGGGGAGAAGUUUGAGUAG